CUAAGCGAAGCCGAGCAACAGUCAAGCGUUGGCAACGAACAGAAACACACGCGAAGUUGAAAGAAACUCCAAACGAAAAGCGGCAAAAAUACAAAUAUAGAAACAGUGCAAACAAACAACGUGCAAAACAAGUGAUUUCACAAUAAAAAAAAAAUCGGAAAAACAAAAGCAAAAACAAUUAUAUUGACAUUUGGUGUACGUGUCAAAAAUUAAGGCAGAAAGUUUUUUGUGUAUUGCAAAAGCAAGACAAGUGUUGAAGUUCAAGAAUUCGCCAGCAAUUAAGUAAUUAAAACACAUCGAAAAGAACAACAGCAACAAGUUAAUUAAUCAGCUCAUCAUUGCGAUGGAGAAAUCAGGUCCACCCGUCAAUUAUCCGCGUAUGCCCGCUGAGAUGCAAGAGGCUACACACAGCGGCUACGUCGAACAGCCACCGGCCGCACCGCCGUCCUACGAACAGGCCAUGCACACCGCGCCCUAUCCACCAGUGCAGGUGUUGCCCACACCAAGCAGCACUUCCGACGCCGCCAACCGCCCGCCCACACAGCAACAACAUCCAGCACAAGCACGCACGAAUAAAACAACAACAACGACUGGUGGUUUUAGCGCUGGCGCACAGCACACCUAUGGCGGCAGCACACAGUACGGUGCCACCAGCAUGGGCGGCGCUGGUGGGGGCGGCGGGGUACCGCCACCACAUCACGCUUACAUGUCCAGCGCGUCAGGCACGACGCAGCCGAUGGUACAACAACCUGUUGUAAUCAUACAACAACAAGCCAUUUUGCCCUUGGGGCCGGAGCCUACAUUCAUCACAUGUCCAGGCUGUCACGUUACAAAGCUGACACGCAUCGGCUAUGAACCGAAUGCCAGGACACAUUUAAUGGCGGCGAUACUGUGUAUUGUGGGCUUAUGGUGUUGCGUCUGUUUGCCCUACUGUGCGGAGAGUUGCAUGAGCACCAACCAUUACUGUGGUAAUUGCAAUAAAUAUCUGGGCACCUACAAUGGCGGCGGGUUCUGAUGGGCUGGAGUUGCAAGUAAGCGCACUCACAACAUAUGUAUGUUGACCUUCGACACUCGCCACGAAGCUUUUUAAAACACUUUUAUUAUAUACAUACAUACAUUUAUAUGUAGUACAGUAUAUAUGCAUAAUAAUUUAUUGUUGAACGAUGAAAUUUUAAUUUACUUUACCAGUGUAAAAUUAUACCAACAAUGUAUAAAAAUUUUAACUAAACAAUUAUUUAUUCACUGAUAAAUAUAUAUACAUAAGCUUUAAAUAUAUUUUAAAGCACUCGAAACCAAAAAUGUGUAUGAGCAUAUAUUUUUUGAAAUAAUAGUUGAAAAAUUAAAGUCAUUUAUUUAUAUAUUUGAACAUUUUAUCAUGUUAUACAAAUAAAGCUGUCCACUUUUUAUGCCUUUAAAGAGUGGUUCAGAAAUACUUAAUCAAUAAAUUAAAAACA